AUGUCCACUACCACCUCAGAAGACGAUGACGAUCUUGAUCUCGACUACGUCUCAAGACCACUAAACCUCGGCGGCAGCUCCACAAGUAAGUUACCCCCUUAUCUAAGCUGAGCCAGCUAGCCAGGCUAACAUCCAAACCUUAGACACCACUACCACUGCUACUGCCCCAAUUGAAGCUUCAACCGACGAGUCGGACGAUGACUUGAACAAUAUUGCAUCUAGACAUGCCCCGCCAUCAUUUACAAAUGCAGCGCAAGCAGGGGAAGAUGAAGUAAGCCUCAAGGAAACCGUCCGCACAACGAAACACCAAUCCGGGACCGGCGAGCGCAUACUCAUGACGGAAGAUGAAGACGACGAUGCGUACGAAGAAUUCAAGCGCAAAAAGGAUGAAUCUGGUAAGCGGGGGGGGCGAAAGAAGCGGAAGGUGGAUAGUUCUUGGAGGGAGGGAGGGGGAGUGGGUGGUAAGAAGAGGGUUAAGAAUGAAGGGGCGGACAAGAAAGCCACGAACCAGCGACCCUGGAAGACUGCCUCUGAUUCUUCCUCCGAUCGGGAUGAUGAGAUGGAGGCGGAGGUGGAAAUAGGCUUGCCGGCGUACCUGAAGGCACGCAAGGAUGCGGUUGAAGCUGCGAAGGCCGCAAUCGAACAUACGGACACGCCUCCGGAUGCGCUAAGAUUUCCACCGGAUUAUGGGGACGUAUGCUUCAGCGAUGAUGAGAGACUGGUACCCCCCUCCCUCCCUUCCAAAUGCCCAUAUUGACUAUAUGUCUUAGGGCGAGUUAACCUCCAAGCCAAACUUCAAAAACCUCCCCCCGUGCGCACCAUACAAGGAUAUCCCGUUGGAAGACUCACUCGGUGUGAUCCCCUGCUCGAUAGCGCAGUACCUUCGCGACUACCAGGUCGAGGGUGCCGCCUUUCUGCACAAAAACUUUGUCUUCCAGGAAGGCUGUAUACUGGGCGAUGACAUGGGCCUCGGCAAGACGGUGCAGGUGAUAGCCUUCCUGACGGCCGCCUUCGGCAAGACCGGCGACGAGCGGGACCGCAAGCGGAUGCGGAAGAUGCGCCGGGGUAGGGGGAGGGAGAGGUGGUUUCCCAAGGCCAUUGUCGUGUGUCCCGGUAGUCUGAUAAGUAAUUGGCAGCGGGAGUUCGAUGUCUGGGGGUGGUGGAAUGUGUAUGUUUAUCACGGGAGCAAAGAACGGAAGGAGAGCGCGCUGGAGGCGGCCAGGGCGGGUAGGUGUGAGGUCCUGAUCACGACUUACGGGACGUAUAAGAAGGCAUGCGGGGAUAUUAAUAUGGUAGAGUGGGAUUGUGUUAUUGCGGAUGAGUGUCAUCAAAUUAAAGGUACCAUCACUCGGUCGCUCGCGAUAAUUGGGAGGAUUGAACUGAUGGGUGGGGGUGUUAGAUAGAAGAACUGAAGUGACGAAAGCUAUGAACGAGAUCAAUGCGCUUUGUAGAAUUGGUCUGACGGGGACUGCUAUCCAGAAUAACUAUGGUAAUCCUAACCAUCCACCCCACAGACCACCGACGCAACGUCUAACAUAGAGCAAAUAGAGGAACUCUGGACACUCCUAAACUGGUGCCGACCCGGCAGCAUCGGAACCCUGGCAGAAUGGAACAGAGCCAUAGCAAUCCCCCUCAAAAUCGGACAAUCCCACGACGCUACGCUCAGACAGAUUGGCAAUGCUAGGAAGAUCGCAAAACGCCUCGUAAACAAUCUACUAGGAAAGAUGUUCCUCCGCCGCCUGAAAACCCUGAUAGCCCACCAACUGCCCAGAAAAAGUGACAAGGUCGUCUUCUGCCCCCUGACCGAGGUGCAGAGGAAAGCGUAUCAGGGAUUUUUGGACAGCGAGAUGGUGCAGAAUAUCAAGUACUCUGGCCAGGUCUGUGAUUGCGGGAGGCUGAACAAGAAUGGGGAGCCCGCGAAGAGGGGGAGUUGUUGCUAUGUCACCGACAGCAAAGGGAGGAAGUGGAGGGAGAUGGUAUUUCCAUGUAUCCAGCAGAUACAGAAGCUCAGCAAUCAUCUUGCUAACUGGAUUCCCCGUAGGUAUUCGCUAAUGCAAUAGACCAGUGUGAGGUCGGUGCUAAGGUUUCUCCGCAGAAAACGAGGAUAACCAAGAAACCCGAGAUAAGAAGCGGGAGCUACUAGAAACAUGUCUCCCCGACGACUACGAGCGCAUAAUCAAUAGGGAAAUGUUGACAAACUUCAUGGACCCCGAAAUGUGUGGGAAAUGGAUCGUAACUGGCCCCGGAGUGUAAUUGUUGCCCACAGGAUAAUGCUGACGAUAUACCAAACAGGUCUUGCAGAAGCUCUUGAAAUUUUGGCACCAAAGUGAUGACAAAGUCCUGAUAUUCUCUUAUAGUCUCCAGCUCCUCAGGAUUCUGCACAGGCUGUUCCAGAGCACCGAGUAUAACGUUUGUUAUUUUGACGGGUCCAUGUCAUUGGAUGAUCGUAAGCGUUCCUCCCUAGAAAGGAUUAGACAAGCCUAAAUUAACGGCCAUCUCCAGGCACAAACGUGGUUGCCGAGUUCAAUAGCGACCCUUCACGAUUCGUCUUUUUAAUUUCUACGAGGGCUGGAGGUGUUGGGUUAGUCGCCGUUCCCAUACUCGAAAGUUAAUGAUGGGGCAUGCUACUGAAUGAACCAGACUGAACAUCACAGCCGCAAACAAAGUAGUCAUUUUCGACCCUAAUUGGAAUCCUAGGUGUGAGAACACCUCCCCCCUAUCCUAUAUAAACGACAUUGACCCCUUCAUUUUCUCAGUUACGAUCUCCAAGCUCAAGAUCGCGCAUACCGUAUCGGGCAAACCCGAGAUGUUGAGGUCUUCCGACUUAUCUUAGCUGGAACUAUCGAGGAGAUAGUCUAUGCCCGUCAAAUUUACAAGCAACAGCAAGCAAAUAUUGGCUACGGUGCCUCUGAGGAGCGCCGCUACUUUUCCGGCGUUCAAGGUGACAAAACAAACCAGGGAGAACUAUUUGGCCUCGUCAACCUUUUCACGUUCCAGGACAACACGAUCCUGAAAGAGAUUGUGAACAAGACAAAUGUUGCGGAGUCGAGAGCUGGCGUUCAAGUUGUCGGGAUGGAAACCAGCAACGAAGAGGCAGAAGAUGUAGAGCUCGACGACGACCACGAAGGGGAAAAUGCCAUCAGUCAGCUAGCAGCUAUAGCGAAAGGAGAACAGGCAACCAAGAAAAGUAACAGACCAUAACCACCCCAUGUAAGAAUCGCUAACAAUAUCAUAGAGAAGGCACACAACCCUGUUGCCGCAAUCUUAGCAGAAGCUGGCAUCUCGUACACUCACGAAAACUCAGAAGUUAUCGGCACAUCAAAAAUCGAAGCACAGAUAAGCAAGCGCGCAGUCGAGACCACAAACGAUGCCAAUACCGGCGAUCUCGUCGCCUUCGCCAGUGACUCCACCGGGUACAAGUUUCAUCCGCCAAUGCAUGUUAUGAAAAGGCAAUUUUGCACCAUGGCGAAGAUGUUCCGCUUUGAUGAUGUUAGGGAGUUUGCGCUUGUCGUUGAAGGAUGGACGCAGAAGCAGAGACGAGACGCCUUGGACAAGUUUUACAAGAUGAGAAGGGAUUCAACAGCUAAAGGGGAGGAAGCCAAAUUAGAAGAUUUCCCGGAAGAGAAGAAAGCCCAUAUUAAGAGGGAGGAGGGGACCGAUAAGGGGAACAUAAAUAGUAUCAAAGCGGAAGAGGAUGAGGAUGAGGAUGAGGAAGGGGAUGAACUGUAAAAGCGAUAACCAAUAUUGUACAGUGCUGUAUUACC